AUGGCCGCGAGCGGCGGGGCGGAUGGGGGGCUCCCGGACCUCGGCCGCUACGUGGUGAGCCGACCCGUCUACAGCGAGGCGGCCUUCCAGGAGGAGAACGAGAGGAAGCUGGUGGUGCCCCAAACCCUCCGGGAGCGGCUCCAGAAAGCCUGCAGCUGUUCGAGGAAAAAAGCCUUCCAGGUCACCAAGACCAUCUUCCCCAUUCUGGAAUGGCUGCCCAAGUACAGGAUCAAGGAAUGGCUCCUCAGCGAUAUCAUUUCUGGCAUCAGCACCGGACUUGUGGCUACUCUGCAAGGUUUGGCAUAUGCAUUACUGGUUGCAGUUCCAAUUGGAUACGGCCUCUAUUCUGCAUUUUUCCCCAUCCUGACCUACUUCUUCUUAGGAACAUCAAGACACAUCUCAGUUGGACCUUUCCCUGUGGUCAGUUUAAUGGUGGGCUCAGUAGUACUGAGCAUGGCACCAGAUGAAAAAUUCCUCAUGGUUAACAGUAACAUGACGGGGAUGAAUGGAACUCCCUCUGUAGACAUCGUCUCUAGAGAUGCACAGCGUGUGCUCAUUUCCAGCACUGUCACCUUUUUGGUUGGCAUUAUCCAGCUAGUGUUUGGAGCACUGCAGAUUGGUUUCAUUGUAAGGUAUCUUGCUGAUCCACUGGUUGGAGGCUUUACCACUGCGGCUGCUUUUCAAGUAUUUGUUUCACAACUAAAAAUAGUGUUAAACGUUUCAACCAAAAACUACAAUGGGGUCCUUUCCAUAAUCUAUACGCUUAUAGAAAUAUUUGAGAACAUUAGAACCACCAAUAUUGCUGAUCUCAUUGCGGGACUGCUGACUAUCAUUGUCUGCAUGGCCGUCAAAGAAAUUAACGACCGCUUCAGACACAAGAUUCCUAUUCCUAUUCCUAUAGAAGUGAUUGUGACAAUAGUUGCUACUGGCAUUUCAUAUGGUGUUGACCUUGAGAAGAAAUACAAUGCAGGGAUUGUGAAAACUAUUCCUAGAGGAUUUUUGCCUCCUGAACCUCCAGCUGUGAACAUGUUUGGGGAAAUGUUGGCCUCUGCAUUUUCCAUUGCUAUUGUUGCUUAUGCUAUAGCUGUCUCUGUGGGAAAAGUGUAUGCCACUAAGUAUGACUACGCUAUUGAUGGAAAUCAGGAGUUUAUUGCCUUUGGAAUCAGCAAUAUUUUUUCAGGAGCCUUUUCCUGUUUUGCUGCUACUACCGCACUGUCUCGCACCGCGGUCCAAGAAAGUACAGGUGGAAAAACUCAGGUUGCUGGCAUAAUCUCAGCUGGAAUUGUAUUAAUUGCUAUUGUAGCUUUGGGGAAACUGCUGGAACCUCUGCAAAAGUCUGUUCUGGCAGCUGUGGUCAUCGCGAACUUAAAAGGGAUGUUCAUGCAAGUAUGCGAUGUCCCACGUUUGUGGAGGCAGAGCAAGGCAGAUGCUAUGAUCUGGGUUUUCACAUGUGUAGCGUCCAUCAUCCUGGGGCUGGAUUUAGGAUUACUUGCUGGCUUGAUAUUUGCACUGCUAACAAUUGUCCUGAGAGUUCAGUUUCCUUCCUGGGGUAGUCUUGGCAACAUUCCUGGCACAGACCUAUAUAAGAACAUCAAAGAAUACAAAAAUGUUGUUGAACCUGAAGGAGUGAAGAUUCUCAAAUUUUCAAGUCCCAUUUUUUAUGCUAAUAUUGAUGGCCUAAGAAGCAGUCUGAAAUCCACUGUGGGAUUUGAUGCUGUGCGGGUGUACAACAAGAGGCUCAAGGCUCUGAGAAAAAUACAGAAACUGAUCAAGAAAGGAAAAUUAAAAGCAACAAAAAAUGGCGUUAUCAGUGAUUCUGGAGCGGUAAAUGAGGGUUUUGAAUCUGAUGAAGAUCUAGAAGAUCCUGCAGAUCUGGACAUUCCAACCAAAGAAGUGGAAAUCCAGGUGGACUGGAAUUCAGAGCUUCCGGUCAAAGUCAAUGUCCCUCAAGUGCCACUCCACAGCCUAAUUUUUGACUUUGGAGCUGUAUCUUUCAUGGAUGUAGUCGCAGUCCGAGUAAUGAAAACAAUUGUCAAAGAGUUCAAGAGAAUAGAUGUAUCCGUAUACAUUGCAUCACACCUAGACCACAUUAUUAAAACAUUGGAACGCUGUGCCUUUUUUGACGACGACAUUCAAAAAGAAUUAUUUUUCUUGACUGUUCAUGAUGCUGUACUCCACAUACAGGGUCAAGUCAUGUAUAGAGAUGCUCAAGACCCUAUAGCUGAAAAGAUAUCAUUGAUGCAGGAGUCAAAGGAACCAAUAGAAUUCACAGAAACCAACCAGAAUGAAGAGCUUGAUGUUCAAGAAGAGGCUAUGCGCAGACUUGCUUCAUAAAGGACAGCUUCAUACCUGUGACCUUCAUGGCAAGCGUACAUCAAGAUUUCAAGCAGUUCAACAUGGGACACUGUCCAUUGCAAUAGAAGAAAAUAUUUAUAUUAUUCAAAAGACUUCGACGUUUCUCUGCAUCCUAUAAUUUAUUUAAAUUAUUUGUCCACCUGUUCAGAAUCAAAUUGCUUUGGAAUUGGAUUGCAAAACCAUAAAAACUAUAGCAGUCCUAGCUAUUGCACUGGGUGCCCAUGCAUAAUGAUAUUUAUGUGUUAUUGUUAUUUUGAUGUACAGAAGCAGAUGGCAGUAAGGAAAUUUUAUUUUCAUGUAACAUCAGGCAGGAGGUGCAUAUCUCAGGGGUACCAUGACUUACUCGUCUGGAACAACAUUUGUGACUAACAAAUAAUGCAAUAAUCUUGAAGCACAAAACUGCCUCAGAAGCGAACUUAAAAUCUAUUGAAUGCAUUUAAUCACUUACUUCAAAGGAAAUGUGAGGGUUAGUUUAAAUUUCUGAUUUUUUCUGCCAGGUUGAAAUCAAGGGUGACCAAUUUUUGUUUGAAAAGUGUACUCCAAGAAGAAUCCAAAGGAUAAUACUGUUCCGGCAUAUUUUACAUUGCUGCAAUACAAAAACCCUAGCUUUUCCCCAUGUAGUGAUGUAACUUCAUCCUUUACUUACUGCAAUGUUUCUCA